AUGGCACUCAAUAAACUAGCAAUUGCCAGCGUCUCCCUUAGCCUUUACGCGGGCCAUCUACUAGACGAGAAAAUCCGCACCGCAGCCCAACAUGGCUACUCCGGUAUUGAGAUCGUCUACUCAGACCUAGAAACAUACAGCAAAUCCCAAAACAUCCCCAUCCAUACAGCAGCCCAAAAGAUCAACCAAAUCUGCAACAAAAACAACAUUACGGCCCUCUCCCUCGCCCCAUUCGAGAACUUCGAAGGCGCCAACUCCCCCCUGGAAACGAGACUCCAACUCGCAAAGCACUGGCUCGAAAUCGCCCGGCUCCUCAAAGCACCGUACCUCCAAGUCCCCUCGAUCUUCACAAACGACUGCAGCCGUGACGCAGCAGUAAUAACCACAGAAAUGCGAGCCCUAGCCGACCUAGCUAGCGCCACCAAACCAACAGUAUCAAUCGCCUACGAAGCCCUCUCCUGGGGAACGAACCACUCAACCUGGGAAUCGGCACUAGAUCUAGUAAACAGCGUCAACAGACCCAAUUUCGGCCUGUGCAUGGAUACCUUCCAUGAAGCAACAAAGAUAUGGGGUGACCCUUCCUCUCCAUCUGGAAAACAGAUGUAUGCGGAAGAACGGUUGCGUGAUUCAUUGCGUCGGUUUGUUCGGGACUGUCCCCUCGAGAAGCUAUUCUACGUUCAGCUCUCUGAUGGUGAGCGCUUCGAUCCGCCUUAUUCUGUUACCCAUCCGUGGGCUGUGCCUGGUGAGGCGAAGGAGUUUACCUGGUCGAGACACGCACGCCCGUUUCCGUUUGAGAGCGAGUUUGGGGGUUAUUUGCCUAUUGGGGAGAUUGCGAGGGCUUGGAUUGUUGAGAUGGGGUUCAAGGGGUGGGUUUCUAUGGAGGUUUUUGAUCGGAGGUUGAGGGAUGGGAGUGUUAGUGUUGAAACUGCUGCGAGGAGGGGGGUUGAGUCUUGGAGGAAGGUUCAGGCUGAGAUGGAGGAGAAGUCGAGGCUUUGA